GUCUCCCCGCGGCCGCGGCGCGCAACUCCCGGUGACUGUGCAGCGUGCGCCGCCGCCUGCCCCAACCCGCGGUGCCGCCGCCCGGCCCGGUGCGCACCUCCUUCUCCCGGGGUGACCGGCCUGCCGCUGCCGCCCAAGACACAGCUUGGCACCCCUUCCCCCGCCCUCGCCGCCGCCACCACACACACGCAUGCUUCUCUCCAUCUUGUGAUUCCUUUUUUCCUCCUGAACCCUCCAGUGGGGGUGCGAGUUUGUCUUUGCCCCCUCCCCACCCCUCCUCCACCGUCUCCUCUUCUCGUUCUCCUUCCCCUCCCCAGCUUGGUGUGCGCCUCUUUCUUUUCUCGCCACUCUUCAUUCUUAUUUAUUCAUAUUUAUUUGGCUCCAGCUCUUUCUCCCCUUCCUUCCCUCCCUCCCUCCCUCCGGAUCCCUGCUCUUUCCCCGGAGUGGCUUGUCGGGGGCUCCGCCGCUGGCCAGGCGUGAUGUUGCACGUGGAGAUGUUGACGCUGGUGUUUCUGGUGCUCUGGAUGUGUGUGUUCAGCCAGGACCCAGGCUCCAAGGCCGUCGCCGACCGCUACGCCGUCUACUGGAACAGCAGCAACCCCAGAUUCCAGAGAGGUGACUACCACAUUGACGUCUGUAUCAAUGACUACCUGGAUGUUUUCUGCCCUCACUAUGAGGACUCGGUCCCAGAAGAUAAGACUGAGCGUUAUGUCCUCUACAUGGUGAACUUUGAUGGCUACAGUGCCUGCGACCAUACUUCCAAAGGGUUCAAGAGAUGGGAAUGUAACCGGCCCCACUCUCCAAAUGGACCGCUGAAGUUCUCUGAAAAAUUCCAGCUCUUCACACCCUUUUCUCUAGGAUUUGAAUUCAGGCCAGGCCGGGAAUAUUUCUACAUCUCCUCUGCAAUCCCAGAUAAUGGCAGAAGGUCCUGUCUAAAGCUCAAAGUCUUUGUGAGACCAACAAAUAGCUGUAUGAAAACUAUAGGUGUUCAUGAUCGUGUUUUCGAUGUUAACGACAAAGUAGAAAAUUCAUUAGAACCAGCAGAUGACACCGUACAUGAGUCAGCUGAGCCAUCCCGCGGUGAGAACGCGGCACAAACACCAAGGAUACCCAGCCGCCUUUUGGCAAUCCUACUGUUCUUCCUGGCGAUGCUUUUGACGUUAUAGCACAGUCUCCUCCCGUCACCUGUCACAGAAAGCAUCAGGGUCUUGGAACACCAGAGAUCCACCUAACUGCUCAUCCUAAGAAGGGACUUGUUAUUGGUUUUUUGGCAGAUGUCAGAUUUUUGUUUUCGUUCUUUCAGCCUGAAUUCUAAGCAACAACUUGGGGCCAGGAGGGGCUAAAGUAGUUGCUGCUCCCCUGCCCAACCCCCCGCCCCCAGCCCUUGCCCUUGACUUCUCUCCUCCCUUCCAAAUUAAAUGGACUCCAGAUGAAAAUGCCAAAUUGUCAUAGCGACACCAGUGGUCGUCAGCGCCUGUGCAUUCUCCUCUAAGAGCCCCCCUCCGGUAGCAUACUGUGACAGCGGUAUACGGACAAGGAAGAAUAGCGGCCGACGCGGCUAGUGACGGCAAGGCCCGGGAGGGUUUUACUCUCCGUACAAUAUUUAUGCUUCUCAUUCAGGACUGUGAGAUGAUCGUGCAGGGCAUCAUGUCACCGUGUCAAGUCCAGAGGGGAGGUAUUAAGAAUAGAUAUAAUAUUACACCCUUUCCUCUAGGAGUAUAUAAAUGAACAGGCUUCUAAAAGGUUGAGACACUGGUUUUUUGUUUUUGUUUUUUGGGUUUUUCUUUUGGUUUUGUUUUUUGGGGUUAUUUUUUACGAUGACUGUCUUAAAGCACUCUUGACAGCAAAAUUUGUGCUCCAUGAAAGAAGCCUUUUUUUCCAGAAAGCCGGUCGGGUGCGGGAAUGCUAGCUAGCACAGAGCAAGGGUGAAAACAGAGAAAACUAGGUUAAACUAGGUUUGGUGGGGGUGUGUACAUGUGAGUGCCUCUAAUUUUUUUGGUGACUGGGCAAUGCACACCAGAUUUUUUUUUCCCUUGGAAUACAGAUCACCAUGGUGCUACAAUUUUUUUUUUUUUUAAAGAAACUCAAAGAGGCAUUUUUAUGAAUAAAGUGACCUUCCCCAAGGCUGACAAGCCAGGGUUGAUGAGUGUGUAAUGGAAUAGCUUUGGAUACUCCUCUGGGGGACAAUAUGUACCAAGGAAAGGAGCUCAGUGGCCAGAGGAGAUGUGAUUUGGCUUUGCUGGAGCGCCAGUGUGCUGUGGCCUUUCCCCUGACUCCACCCUCGUACCCACGUUUUGCUCCACACUCCACAACUGCAGGGGCUCAGACACACACCCCUGUCACCAGGAGAGUCAGUCAGCACCACUUGGGAGGGCUAAAGGGAAAUUUGGAAUAAAAAUUCCAAAGUUUGGAAUAAAAAAUUCAAGUGUUGAUUUUAUAUUCUUUCCCUUUCUGACACAGCCUGAAGCGUAGGGGGAACAUGUGUUUAUCUGUGGGAGAUAAACAAGAUGGAGUCCCAAAGACUUUAACAAAAUAUUUUUUUAAAAAUCCACUAGAAUAGAAAAUACAUUAUUUAGAUAUACUUUAUGCUGAGAGUGAGUAUAUAUGCUUGUCCUAUUUAAACUUGUGAGAAAAAAAGUGGUAUCCCUUGAUACAUUUAGAAUUAUAGGGGGCUAUCUUGUUUCAUUGUGGGGGUGGGGCAGAAGGAGAAUAAAUGCAAGAUGACCCUGUUUGAGGAAUCUUAGCAUGGCCAACAAGGGCCAUUUCCAGUUGAUUACCAGGAAAUAGAAGCCUGGGGUGGGGGGGGGGGGUUACUACUGGUGAGGCUGUCACAAAUUUUGAAGUCCAAAAGCCGAGACAGGGAAAAAUGUCAGACCAAUGUAAAAGAAAUCUAGCCUUUUUACUAUUGCACGACAUGUCAAUAGGAACUAUGCCUUUCAGAACAGAAUGAAAAAUAAAUGCAAUGAUUAUGUAAUAUAUGAAAAAUUGGAAGCAUUCCAGCAAAAUAAGGUUUUUUUAAAAAUAGAUAUAUUUGGCUUUUUUUUUUUUAAUGCCUAUAUGAAAAAAGAGAGGGGUCAUAUUAUGGACAGACUUCAUGAAUGGGAAUUUGCUACGAAUUUGAGUAGUUCCGAAUUAGAAAAAUGUGUGAAUGAAAGGCAGCUGUAAAGGUACUUGCACCCUGGAGAGUUGUACGCAUGUUGAACCGUAAUCUGGGCUUACCUGAUCCGUUUGGAAUGGAUGUCACUGCUGGGUCUCUUCACACAUGGAACCACAGGAGUGGGGUUGCCGGCCUCACAGACACAAUCAGUCCUGCUCCCCCAGACAUCAGGAGCUUCUCUGGAGUGGCAGAGUCUUGUCACAGAAGGCAGCCACCAUUUCACUGAAACAAAAGUUCACAGCAUUGGAUUCUUUUUUCCUUUAACUCUUUAUAUGCUCAGUACUCUCAGUAAUAUCCAGUAAUACUUCUUUUUAUUAAUAGUUACAGGCUUGUUGGUCCAGUGGGAUUUGCGUGGGGGUGGGGGGAGGAUACCUGCUAAAAUGGAUCGAUAGUCAGAACCAAAAUAAUACUGCAUGUUCUAUAACCACAAGGAAAUCAAAUGAUCCUGUAAUGAUUCCAGUUAGUCAUAACUACAUUAGCAGCGCUAAUUUCAUUUUACCAAUGGUGACUUCUGUGGUUUUGCUAGCAUUUGUCUCUAACAAAUGAUAAAAUAAUUACUCAUGGCCCUCUCCUCCACUGUCUUUCAUUUUUCACAGUGAAAUUAGACCCCUUUACUUCAUUAUGCCACUACAAAUUAAGUUUAUAAAAAAAAAAAAAAAGCAAGACUAUCCACACCAGUAGACAGUGUGCUUCUCUACGUUUGAGUGAUAUAAUUGUAGGUAAUUCUUGCCACGGAGUUUCCAAGAACAUGAUUGGUAUCAGACAGCUUUCAUCUUGUCCAGAAAGUGCUGGUGGCCUUUUACGGUGGUGUUACAACCCUCUGGGGGCUGAGGAGGAUGUCAAUGCAAUUUUGUAGCAGCUUUUAAUUUAAAAACAAAACAAAACAAAACAAAACUCAAAAGUCUGAAGGGCAGCCUUAGCUGCCUCUCAGCCCCAGUAAGUCAAACCCCAGCGACCUUUGCCCCUGGUUGCCAAGGGCUUUGCAACAUGAAGCAGGGAAAUAAGGAUCUGUCUGUUUAGUGGAUACCGUGUAUCCUUUAAUAGACCAGGUAACAGUUGGUGUUAGUUUAGACUAUUGUUUUGUACUGUACUUUCUUGGGUGGCAGAGGAAAGAAAAAGUAAAACAUUAAAAAAAAAAAACUGCGUUCUUUAAAUUCUGUAUUAUUAGCGACCUCUGUUGUAUAUAGUGUUUGAUAAUAAAGUAUUAAUUUGAUUCUUAUGUCUUUUGUAAGUGAGAACAACAGUCUUUCAGGAUACAAAACAUGCAUUGAGGCUUUGAAACAUCCACUGUAUACUUAGCUGAGAAGAGUCACAAAUGGCUGAGACACUGCUCCAUACAGGACUCAUGUGCGGUCAUCGCCCUCCCAGUCGUAAGACUCCACCAUCUUGGGACCUGGAACAACAUGAUUUUUUUGAUCCAUAUUUUAUCCUCAAUGUUUUCAAGGUCUGAUGUUGGAGCCCUGUGGUGUUUUUUCUCCCCCGGCAUGUUGGUUUAAAAAGGUUUAGGGAAUUUGGUAACAGAAUUCUGUACUUUGGUUUGUUUUUCUGUUUGUGGUGGUUUUCAUAGACGGUUUCAUUUUUUCCUCAGGAAGAGUUGCCAGUAUCAUGCGUGGCCCAAGCAGGGGAAAGGUUUCAAGCCAGUCCAUUUAGGAAGGUUAAAUGGGGGCUGUUCCCCUCUGCCAUUGUGAAAGGAAGAGUUGCACAGUACCUGUGGAUUUUCAGGGACUUUGUUUUUCUCUGGUGCCUUAGCAACGGCAGCAGCCAUUUUUAGUAGUUUACCCAAAAUUAAUUAAAGCAUUUAAACUCCCCUCCAUUCAUUCCUCUCAGAGUUGUGGUCAGUCGUUUUUUCUUUUGAAAACCACCUCCACCAACACCCCCGUUUGCCUACCACCCCCCUUUUUAUUUCUUAUGUUUAUUUUAUUUUAUUUUUUGUCUCUUGCCUUCCUCCCACGUUUUAUUUUCCCUCAGAACCGUGAAUGGGCAGGUCUGUCUCUGGUUUGGCAUCACUGAGUUUUUCCCAUGCAUUUGCCCAAGAGCUGCUCGGAUGUAAGACAAAUCUCCCUACAAUGGGCUUGCUCCCAUUGACUGUACAGUUUAAUAGAUGCUGGCAUGUUGGAGGUUACCCAUGAGUCAAAAUCCGCUUUCCAUGCUACUCUUGACACCCCAUUGAAGCCACUCAUUGUGUGUGUGUCUGGGUGUGAAGUCCAGCUCCGUGUGGUUCUGUGCUUGUACUGCCCUGCUUUGCAGUUCCUUUGCACUUACUCAUCGAGUGCUGUUUUGAAAUGCUGACAUUAUAUAAACGUUAAAAAAAAAUGUAAAAAAAAAAAAACCCACACACAAACCAACCCAUACAAUCUGUAUUUGUAUAUACACGUGUCCGUACAAGUAUACCUAAAUAAAAUUAAAGAUUUUCAUCAUUUUAA